UUAUUGGACUCGAAACCGAUUGCCCUAUUCUGUUUGUCUUUAAAUGAUGGCGCAUUAUCGUUUGUUAUGGACAUUAGCUUGAGGUCGAUGUCCUUAGUACUACCAAGUACUACGUGAAUGACAAUUUUCAGACAGCUUGGUUGCUUAUGCUUUCAUUUCGUUUCAUUCAUUGUCAAAGGAUGAUACGGUGUUGUCGCGUCCCGAGCGCUCGCUGGAGGGGUGGAAAACUCCAUUGAAACGAAUAGUGUGUGAUAUUUGUGCCAGUGAUUUAUAUGAAAAUAUAUAUCGUAGUGUUGUGGUGUCAUGAUUUUUUUGCACUUUGAUCAUUCGUGCUUUUGAUUUUUUAGAAAGCUCAAUACAUAUCGAAUUACCAACGCCAGCCAAACAGAAGACUGAUAUACAAUAUACACUACAUGCUAUGUAGAAUUAUACAAUAACAUUCCAAUACAACGCGGCAUGAGUGGCGGCCAUUUUGUGAACUCGUAGAAACAAGAUGGCGACGGCAGUGAAGACUGUGGUGGAGGCCGACGAGGCUGAAAAGCUUCUGGAGAAGAACAGGGUGACGGUGGUGCCGCAGGAGGAUGGGUUAGUGUCGGUGAAGAGCUCUAAGAAAGUUAAACUACCAGAAGAUGAGUCAACAACGGUCGGCGGCGGCCGCUUCACCAUCGGGCCGGCGCCCGAGCGCGACUGGGAGAUGGUGCCGCCCGACGGGAAGUGGGGAUGGUGCAUUCUCGUAGGAGCAACGCUAGUGAACAUCCUGAUCCCGGGAACUAUCAAAUCCUUCGGCGUGCUGCUGGUGGAGUUUAACGACGUGUUCCAAGCAUCCGCCUCCGCCUCCAGCGGCGUGGUGGCGCUGUGCUACUUCCUCUACAGCAGUUUAGGUCCCCUAUCUUCCAUCCUGUCCGUAAAAUGGUCUUACCGGACAGUGACCCUCCUCGGAGGGACCUUCGCCGCCUUCGGCAUGAUCUUCAGCAGCUGGGCCUUCAACAUUAGCUAUCUUUACUUCAGCUUCGGCGCGCUAGUAGGUGCGGGCGCGGGUCUCGCCUUCCCGCCGACAGUAUACAUCGUGACGUCAUACUUCGUGCGUCUGCGCGGUCUCGCCAACGGUAUCUGCAUGUCGGGCUCCGCGUUCGGCUCCAUCAUACUGCCGCCCGUGCUGCGAUACCUGCUUGAGACGUACGGAUACAAAGGAGCUGUACUGAUCCUCGGCGGGAUCAUGCUGAACGUAUGGGCGGCGGCGCUGUUGUUCCAGCCCGUUGAGGAGCAUAUGGUCCGCAAAUAUAAGGAGCCCGAGGAGGAGGAGGAUAACCCACAGGACAUACUCUUCGAAGAAGAAGAACCGGUGGAAAGCUUCCAUCUCUCACCCACCCUCCCCAGCGAGACAGAGAACGGGCAUAUAGACAAACUCACCAAAGAGAAUUCCAACGCGCGCCUCAACCAAAACUGCACUUCGCCUUCCUCACAAAACUUAAAACCAAACAUGUCCAAAAGAAAACUAUCUUGUACUAAACCUAUACCUAAAACUGCCUAUAGUUCAGCUUCUAUGGCUUUAGAUAGAGAUGCCUCAAAACUAGGCUCGGUAGAGACUUUUGGACGCAGACUAAGUACCGCAGGCCCUAAAAGGAACAUGUCUACAUCCAGCUUCGCGUACGUCCACACACCCUUCCACGGAUCAACAUUAUCCGCCUUCGACCAGCCUAAUGAAUUCGCUUCUCAAUUCUCUUUAAAAUCAGUAACAGACAGCGUCGCCGAAGUAGCAUACUGCUGCUUUUGCUGCAAGAAAAAAAAAGAUAAGGAACCUAAUAAGUUCUUUGACAUCAGCCUACUCUCCGACCCUACAUACUUGAUAAUCCUAAUAUCAAGUAGUACUGUAGCUAUAUCAUGUACAAAUUUUAUUAUUCUCCUCCCAUCUCACGCCCAAAACAUAGGUUUCUCAAAAGCCAGAGGUGCCUAUCUAUUAAGUACGGUGUCAGCUCUAGAUUUAGUAGGCAGAAUCGGCGGUUCUGCCCUAUGCGAUUUAGAUUUGAUACCGAAAACGUUCUAUUUCGUCGGCGGUUUAUUUUUCUCAGGGAUAACGUUAGCUACCAUACCGUUUUUAGAGUCUUAUGUAGCUAUAAGCGUUGUAUGCGCGUUAUUCGGGUUAGCUUCUGGUGUUAAUAACGCAACUACUACGUUAGUUAUGGCGGAGAUUUUAGGGGUAGAUAGAUUGAUGUCAACAUACGGUAUAAGUUUGUUCGUGAACGGUAUCCUACAGUUGAUAGGACCGCCGAUAUGUGGUCUAUGGUUCGAGGCUGAUGGUAACUAUAUGCAUAUGUUUUUGACUUUUGGAUUAAUAUAUACGGCCGGGGCGGCGUUGUGGAUAUUGAUGCCUUUCGUUAAUAGGAGAAAGAAGAGGUUAGCGGAACAGAAAGUGCAGGUUUAAAAACAAGUUUGAACUUUAGCUAAUAAUCUCAAAUUACAUUGGGAGUGUUUAUAUUAACUGUGACCCCAAAGUUUGAGUAAAUGUGUGUAUGAAAUUAGAGGCAUUUCUAAAGACUAGUGAAUGAUAGAGACGUUAAUCGCCAUAUGAAUUCUCGUUCUAUGUCGUUGUUGUAGAUGGCGUCAGUUGUGUCAAAGUCUAGUGAAAGGUCCCACUUUGUCGCUUACGGACGAGAUUUGCUUGUAUAUUUAUACGAAUAACCUCUCAAAGAGUCCUUAUGGCAAGCGACAAAGUGGGACCUUUUGCUUAGAAACGACACAUAUUGUUAGGUUAGGUUAAAAAAGAUGUAGUAGUAACGACCCUCUGGUUGGUGUGAUACAUCCAUUAACAAUUAUGAGGUCGAAAACGAAACAUUUACACCACAAGUCUAUAUUAUUCACUUGUCUUUAGCAUUGCCGAAUUUUCAGGGAUUUAGCAUAAAUAUGAACCCAAUUUACUCGUAUAUAGAAUUUAUUUUUGUACUCUUUAAUGUACGUCUAAGCAUAGACAGAGAAAUAACAAGACGAAAAAUGAAGUGAAUAAUAAUUAUGUUUUUGAAACUGAACUAAAUGACGUUAUAUAUGGCCUCGUAUAUAUACAGGAUGGCUGAAAAAUAAAUGCAUUCUCGUUGCCAGGGAGGUUUUGGGAUAUGACUGAACAACUUUUACUCUGGUACCAACCACGAAAUCGCGAAUAAUAAUUUACCCUCCCCUAGAAAAUGGACCAGCCAAAACGUAUAAAACAGCCAAAAAUUUUUUCGCGAUUUCGUGGUUGGUCCCAUAGUAAAAGUUUGCUCAGUAUAAUCCCAAAAUCUCCCUGGCGACGGGAAUGCACUUAUUUUUUUGUUACCGUGUAUAUGACGUAUCUAAUGUAUCUCAUUUCAAAAAGGGAGCAUAAAGUGGCAUCUAGUUGAACGUUUAAAAACACUCCUACAGUAUUAUGCACUACUUUGUAAGUCUUAUUAUUCUUUUGUCUAUGUCAUAAGUUUUUAGUAAAUAUAAAAGUUACCUUAAAAGAGGCUUCCGGUAGUAUUUUUUUUAUAACAUUUUUAAUUAUAAUUUAAGGGUUCAUCCAUUAAUUACGUCACACGAAUUUCCAGGUUUUUUGACCCCUCACAAGGAGGGGUCCUUGUCACACUUGGCCACAUUUGGCAAACCCCUCCCCCCUGGUGUGACGUCACAUUUUUACAACGAAAUCGGCAAAUCGAAUUAUUCAUAUUUUACGAAAAUAUUUUUAGCACAAUAAAUAUUAGUAAUUUUUUAACCCAAAACUGAUUAUGAAAGAAUAUUAAACGAAUAAAAACGAUUAUCGUUUUAAAAACAUGUUAUUUAACUAGUACAGCGAAUAAAAUAAUUUAAAUAAGUUAGUGACGUCACAAAGUUUGUGACUGCCCCUCCCCCUUGUCACAACAUGUCACAUUUUCUCGACCCCCUCCCUCCCCCUAAACGUGUGAUGUAAUUAAUGGAUGACCCCUUACUUAUUAUAAUGUCACAUUGUACAAGAUAUUUGCUAUAUUUAGUAAAAUGUAACGUAUAUAUCCGGCCAGACAUAUUAUUGUUUUUAGAUAACGGUAUCCAAUCUCUGUUUUUAUAUCACACAUUCUAAAAUGACGGAUUGUUUGACAACUUGACCAACUUAUUGUGCAGUCGCCAUCAGAUAUAUCGUAGCAGUCGAGGUGCUUACAAAUAUCUGAACACGCCUGUAUUCUCAAGGCGUUAUAAAUAAAUAAAUAUUAUAGGACAUUCUUACACACAUUGACUAAGUCCCACAGUAAGCUCGUUAUGUUCAGAUAUUUGUGAUCACUUUGGCGGUUCCGAUAUAUCUGAUGGCGAUUGUACGAAAUAGGUAAUAAUUACAUUCAAUUUUUAACGAUUUUUUAAUUUUUUACAUUUAAUCAAAGUUUUAUACCAAACAUAGGCACAACAUUUUUAAUAUAAAUCAAUUUUAAUAGUAAUAUUGGUGAGUAUGUGAGAUGAGUUAGUAGUAAAGACUGUCAAACUGUUACCAAGUAGCUUAGUAAGCCAAGCCUGAGCUGAUGGACAUUUUAGGGUUCCGUACCCAAAGGGUAAAAACGGGACCCUAUUACUGAGACUCCACUGUCCGUUUGUCCG